CCCACCGAGUUUGACCUGCGAAGGAAGAAUGCUCAAUUCGCUAAUGCAGUCCGGUCGGGCAAGAAAGCAGUGAAACCUUCACACCAGGAGAGAUUGUCAAAAAGAAGUCCACUCAGCCUUUGGGCUCUGGGCAUCGUCCUGUUUGUCGUUGUAGGUGGCGUGAUAUUUGAGCUAGCCAGGUUGGUAUUCCUGUGA